ACUGCGGUUUACAUGGUUACAUGUACACAGUGGGAAGCUAUGUCGGACUGCUGAGCAUGUAAGAAGAGUGGUUUUUAUGUUUUCAUGUCUUUCAUGUGGCGGGUUUAUAGGGGAUUAGCCCUUUUAUAGUUCGUACAUAAUCUUAAAAUCGUAAAAUAUAUCCAUAAAAAGUAAUAAACGUGAAAAAAACAUGAGUUUUAAAGAAGUAAACGGUGAACAUCGCCAGGAUUGGCAGAUGACAUCAACUGGUGUUGGACAUCAUUACAGACCGGGAUACUACUUUCCGAGCUCGGAUUUCCAGACAGAAUUGUAUCAACCACUGCCCCCUGGUCUGGCCAAGCAGGACGAGUUAACACGUGACCAGCACUUUGAAACCACAACAGGAAAAACACAUGAUAGUAAAUACAUUAAGGGCAGCCCUUACCAGAACCCUUUAUACAAGAAACCACCUGGUCACUGGAAAGUUGAUUAUGUUAAGGACUUAGCAGAAAAGCUUGGCAAAGGAGGAUGGAGAAAACCUCUGACUAUGGGAAAUCAGAGAUCAGAAACAAAGGAAUGUUACUCUGCUCCCCCCGGCAUCAGAGACAAGUACCACUUUGAUGACACGGCUGGGUUGAACCUUCCACAAUCAUACAGCCUCAAUGAUCAUCACCGGGAGGGCCCCUCAAAGUAUGGCCAAGCUACAACACAGAAUCCCAAACUACAGGGAAAUCCAUUCUAUGUGAGAGACAAAGGUAUACUCCGACAACUGGACCCUUACCUGUCCACAACACAAAAAGACCACCGGUCAUUUACUGGCAACGAGCUCAAACAAUACCCUAAAAAGGACAUUGCUACUUACUGGGAGUGUGAGGAAUACCCUAAGGCCUGGGGUCACGGCCAGAAACACAAUCCCAUCCCAAAAGACACAGUCCCAAGAGAACCAUUGCCCAUGGUAGACCCCAUCUGGUUUAAAAGCAGGACUAAGGUUCCCCGUGCCCCAAAGCCAAUGAUUCCAGUACCUCAUGCUGGACUCAAAACUCUUUACACCGAAUCAUUCAUGCAGCCCUCAGAUGUGAAGGCUAAAGAAAAUCAAUUUUGCCCAGUGGACACCCCAUGGACGCUACCUCCUCCUGGAUCUAAGUCUGCUAUGACAGCUCCUAAGAUGUACAACACAGAGUACCAACAUGUAGGCAGUAACAAACCCAUAAUGGUGUAAUGUGUGAGGACAACAGUGUUCCAGACUGUGAACUAGACAUAAAGCAAGUCAAUUUAACACUGAAUUGUAAUAGAAAAAAGUAAAACUAUUGGAUAGGAGUCACAGGAAAUGUUGAGGAACGAUUUCUGCUAGUGACUAGGAUUUUUUCCUCAUAGAUGCUCAAGGACAUCCAGAUAUACAAUUCACCAUACUGCUUUUUAUCGAGCAAAGUAUGAUAAUGAAGUAUUUCUAAUAUGAUUUAUGCAUGAUAUGAAAAAUUGAUAAGUAAAAUUUUAAUAAUCUUUGAUUUCAUUCAAUACUAGGUUUGUUUUUUUAUAAAUAACAAAAACUAAAAUAUGAGUUUUUACAACUGUCACUUUUUACGAUUAUUUUUUUCAAAACAAGCUGUCACAUCAAAGUUUUCUUGAAUUCUAUAUAUAUAUUCUACCCGUACAGUAGCAGUUUAUUUUAUAAAUCGAUUUACACUUAUACAUUCACAAAAGUUGAACAUUUUUCAACAAAUUUUCUCAAAGAAUUUUUUUUUUCUAAAAUUUUAAAACAUUUGAAAGACUGUUAUAGAAUAUUUGUUAGAGAAUACCCUGUGGAACUGCUUAAAGGAAAGGUGUACAAAUAUAGACAUGUUUCCGUUGUAUGUUUUAAUUGUGGAGAAUAUUAAGUUAUAUAUGAUUAUACAUGGGUAUACCUGUUUUAUGUACCUUUCUCUGCUUCAAUAAAUUCUUUAAUGUA